UACAAAACAUUGACCUACAGACCUUUUCAUAUUUCCUUAGCUGUUCAUAUUUUUUUAUAGAAAUGAUUAAAAAAUUUUAAAAAUCAAUGAUAAGAUGACAUUGUUACUAAUGUUAGUUAUCAUAAAUGACAUUAGAUUAUACAGAUGAUACCUUGAGCUUGACAAUAUCGUUGAUAAAGUUGAUAUCAUACAAAAACUUUUCUUUAAAAUUGAUGCAUAUGUACAGUAGUGAACACACGUGUUUCAAUGAACAAAGAAAUUAAUCAUCUGCGUAAUAUUGACAGAAUCAGCCAACUAAGAUGAAACGUCAAUUAUUCAUAGGUCCAAUAAUUCAAACGAACGAUGAUGGAAAACUAUUAAUUAAUAAAAAUGCAGGAAUACUUGUUGAGAAUGGAAAAAUAAUUAAAAUUUAUAAUGAUCCAAAUCCAUCCCACAUCUCAGCAGAGAUCGUUACUCAUCUAAAAGAGGGACAGUUUUUCAUACCAGGUUUUAUAGAUUGUCAUAUUCAUGCAGUUCAACUACCUAAUCUUGGAAUAGGAUAUGAUAGAGGUCUUCUUGACUGGCUAGAAACCUAUACUUUUCCGUUAGAAAAAAAAUAUAAGGACAAAAAGUUUUCUGAAAAAGUAUUUGAUGCUGUUGUAAAACGAACGUUAGCAGUUGGAACAACAACAGCAUGUUAUUUUGCUUCUCUUUAUGGAGAAUCAUCUAUGAUUUUAGCUCAAAAAGCAGCACAUUAUCAUCAACGAGCUUUUAUUGGCAAAGUAAAUAUGGAUUGUGCUCGUAGUGAUAAUUAUUUUGAAACGACCAAAACAUCUUUAGAAAAUACAAAAAAUUUUAUUCAGGAAAUUCUAAAUAUUGGAAGUCCAUUAAUAAAACCAAUCAUUACUCCACGAUUUGCAUUGAGUUGUUCCAUGGAAUUAAUGAAGGAACUUGGAAAAAUAGCUCAAGAAUUUGAUAUUCCCAUUCAGACCCACAUCUCAGAAAAUUCUUUAGAGAUAAAAACUGUUAAAGCAGUGUAUCCUAAUUGUGCGACAUACUCAGACGUCUAUAAUGAAGCUGGGCUGUUAACGAAUAAGACUUUGUUGGCUCAUGGGGUGCAUUUAGAAGAUAGUGAAUUGGAAAUUUUAAAAUUCCAUAGAUCAUCUGUGGUUCAUUGCCCAUCAUCGAAUACUUGUCUCAAAAGUGGUCUCUGUGACAUUCAGAGAUUAAAAUCACAUGGAAUAACAGUGGGGCUUGGCACUGAUGUUUCAGGUGGUCAAAGUAUAUGCAUUCUAGAUGCUAUGAGAGCAGCUCUAGAAGUAUCAGCUCAUUUGGAAAUGAUUAAAUCGAAUUCUUACAAAUCAAUUGAUUAUAUUCAUGCAUUUUAUUUGGCUACUCUUGGUGGUGCUAAAUGUUUAUCGAUAGACGACCAAGUCGGAAGUUUAACCAUCGGAAAACAAUUCGAUGCACUUGUAAUUGAUUUAUGUUCUCACAACGGACCAUUAGAUAAUUUAACAGAUCACACACUUGAAGAAAAAUUGCAACGUUUGAUUUACUCUGGUGAUGAUCGAAAUAUCGUUCAAGUUUAUGUUUCGGGUCAUCGAGUUAAAUAAAAAUGUAUAAAGAAAAUUAUUUUUAUAAAUAAAUGUCACCUUAAUUAA